AGCCUCAAGGCAAAGCGGACAAUCCCUUCAGACUCAGGCUCCGCUGUCGUGACUCGUUCGAGAAACUUCCGCUCAUACUCAAAUGGAUUUCUUCGGCCACUUCCCGCAUCGCACGGCCAUAUUGCGGGUGCUUGCAAACAAAGAGUAGGUCUUCGUAAUCGCCAUGAAAGCCCCUACCUACCGUAUGACUGGAGCUUUGCCUUGACAACAGGUCCAACGUCCAAGACGCAUAUUGCGUUUCCGCCUUUGAAUCAGAGAAGCUCGGUAAACCGCGCGAAGGUCAGACGGCAUGCCGUGGCUUUCAGUGCGCCUUCCCUGCGCCACCCAUUUCCCUGUUUCCGCCGCAAAAGCUACAAUUUUUGGUUCAUCUUGACGCCCUCGUCGAACUGCUUCGUCGAUCCGUCUUUAGAGGCCCACGUGGAGAGAAGCAAGAACGGCGUCCCGUAUGCAUCGUUGACCCAGUUCGCUCGCUCGCUCCUUAUACAGCAGUGCCGCUCCGACAUAGCUGAUUUCAUUGACGGUAUGGUCCUGGAUAUUGAGUGGGGAGCACGCCACAUCGACUUCAAAGCCGUGCAGCGGGCGAGUGACGGGUUUAUCAAACUCAGGAAUCAACGGCUUCAAGGAAAACGGUUAUAGCAGCGGCCUUUCACCGCAGCCCCUGGAUGGCGAGAGAUAGCAAGCAGCGAGGCCAAACCGCGCCAGAUCGAACCGAUGAAGCAGGGACGGUACUUCACGCGCUGGCGAAGGAUCAAGUCUCCGGAGGACCCCUGAACCAAGGGCCGCCCGGUUUAGCCGCGAAUCUGACCUUCGAUAGUCGUUGGCUUGAAUGACGGCUGUAAUGAAGUGUUCAGAGCCUUAGAUACCUGGUAGUGUAUUUAUGGCGACUUGCCUUUGAUUCUCAAGCGCUUUGGUUUUAACUUUGACUGACAA